GUGAGAUAUAAACGAGGGAGGUGGGAGUUGGUGUUCGUCUAAAUUUCAGUCGCCGAGUGACAGAGCUAACUUGGUCUCCAUAUCUCAAAACCUCGAGAACCGAUUUCCGGCGUCAAACUUGAAGCUGCAAGUGCACAGACGCUCAUCUACAUAAUACCUAGCAAGUGGGAGUUAUGGGAGCUGGUCGAAAAUGGGCUGUUAACUUGACAGACAACUCAACCUCUCCUAGUUCUUCCAAUGUCCCUGACCCCCUUGGCUUCUCCAGGGCCUCCUCUGAUCAGGACGAUUCAACUGUCAGUCGCCAAAGUAAAGAAGCUGAAUCAACGUGGAAAUCUCAGAAAGCUUGGGAAGUUGCACAGGCCCCUUUUAAGAACUUGUUAAUGAUGGGAUUCAUGAUGUGGAUGGCUGGCAGCACAGUCCAUUUAUUCAGCAUUGGAAUUACCUUUUCUGCUCUCUGGCAGCCCAUAAGUGCCUUGCAAGGCGUAGGAAAGGUUUUUGAGCCCUACAAGGACAAGAAAGUGGAUCUCCUUGCCCCAAAGUUGCUCUUCAUUGCCCUUAAUUUGGGGGGUUUGGCACUUGGUGUCUGGAAGCUCAACACAUUGGGCUUGCUUCCUACACAUGCAUCCGACUGGGUUUCAUCCUUACCUCCUGCACAGGAGGUUGAGUAUUCUGGUGGUGGCAUUCCUCUAUAAUUGACAUCCAGAUUUGAUGUGGCUUACUGCCAAUAUUGGCAAUGAUAAUGGGACUGGCAGAAAGUGAAGCAGGAGAUGGAAAUUUGUUGCCUUGUAGCAUGUCAGAUUAAAUAAAGUUUUGGGGAUUUAGAUUAAAUAAAGUCUGAAAGGUGU